AUGGAGAAAGCCAAUAUAACGGCAUCAAAGUAUUUUUACCUGACUGAACUGUCUGAUCUCCCAGAAGUGCGGAUUUCUCUCUUUGUGAUGAUUCUGCUGGUCUAUUUGAUCACCCUAGCAGGGAAUGGGGCUAUCCUCAUGGCAAUAGGGAUGGAUGUUCACCUCCAUACCCCCAUGUAUUUCUUCCUCAGCAAUUUAUCUUUCCUGGAUGUCCUUUGCCCUACUGUCACUGUGCCAAAGAUGCUCCAGAUCUUCAUGUCAGAGGACAAGACCAUAUCAUUUUCCGGGUGUGUGCUGCAGUUAUUUUUUCUCAUUGAUGUGGUGGGCACUGAAAUUUUCCUGCUAGCAGUGAUGGCAUAUGACCGCUAUGUUGCCAUAUGUAGUCCCUUGCAGUACACAAGCAUCAUGAAUAAACGUCUCUGUGCUCAGUUGGCUGCUGGGACCUGGAUAAUUGGUUUUAUUAAUUCCAUGGUCCAUACCUCACUGACCUUUACAUUAUCUUUCUGUGGACCCAAUAAAGUUAACCAGUAUUAUUGUGAUAUCCCUCCUGUGAGGGCUCUCUCUUGCUCUUCUACCUAUCUCCCUGAACUGGUCCUUCUUCUUGUGGCUGGUAUUUUGGGAAGUAGUGCUUUUCUGGUCACCCUGAUCUCUUACAUCUAUAUCAUUUCUGCUAUCUUGUGUAUGCGUUCUGCUGAAGGCAGGCACAAAGCUUUCUCCACCUGUGGCUCCCUCUUGACUGUGGUUUUCCUGUUCUAUGGGACCACCAUAGCCACCUAUGUGAGGCCCACCUCCACCUAUUCACCCAAACAGGACAGAAUCAUUUCCAUGUUGUAUGGGAUCAUCACUCCCAUGAUAAAUCCCAUGAUCUACAGCCUGCGGAAUAAGGAAGUCAAAAGGGCCUUGGUAAAAGCCCUCAGGUGGAAAAGAUUUUCAUGA